AUGGCACUGAAGUACGUCAACAAGCUGGAAGGCAAGUCUGUCCUCAUUGUCGGCGGAUCAUCAGGUAUCGGGUUCGCCGUCGCGGAAGCCGGCGUUGAGUUUGGUGCGCGUGUAGUAGUCGCAAGCCGAAGCCAGGAAAGAGUCUCCAAGGCGAUCGAAAGACUUACGGCAUCCUAUCCUAACGCAAAGGAUCGCAUUCGGGGCCACGUAGUAGACCUCUAUGGUGAUGAAUCAGAGAGUAACAUCACGAAGCUCUUCGAGUUUGUCACCAAAGGCGGAAAAGACAAGGUCGACCAUGUCAUCGAGACGGCGGGGGAGAAUCUCAACACCUCGCUAACGCUGCAGGAGGCCACGCCGAAGCGCAUCGCUGAAGCCAGCAGCUCACGAGUCUCUGGGGCCGUUAUGCUUGCCAAAGUGGCCUUCAAAUACCUCAAAAAAGAGCAUACGUCUUCUCUCACUUUGACCGGCGGAGCGACCGCACACAAGCCGCCGCUAGGAAUGAGUGUAUUGGCAACUGUUGGUGGCGCUAAGGAUGCGCUGGCAAGGGGACUCGCGGUCGACAUGAAUCCUGUGAGAGUAAACCUCGUCUCUCCUGGAGCGGUGCAGACAGAUAUGCUUGAUUCUGUGCUCGAAAACAUGAAGUUCGGAAGAGCCUGUGCGGAUCUCAAAGUUGUCCGGGCCUUGUUUAAGGGUGCAUCGUUGAUGGGAAGGAUCGGAGACCCAGAGGACCUGGCUGAAGCCUAUCUAUCGCUGAUGAAGAAUCACUUUGUUACAGGAACAAUACUGCAUGUAAAUGGCGGUCUUUUAUUGAAGUGA